CUCUCUCUCCCUCUCUCUCUCUCCAAUUUUUCUUCCUUCUACAUGUAUCUUUUUAUUCGGUAAUUAUUUUCAAUGAUAAAAGUGCUGAAAAUAUUUUCAAAUAUAACAAAAUUAUGUCACUAUCUAUUGGUGAUAGACCUCGAUAGACUUCUAUCGCUAAUACUAAUAUCGCGGUCUAUCAUUAGUAGAUAGUAAAAUUUUGCUAUAUUUGUAAAUAAGUUGACUCAUUUUUCUUUAUUUGAAAACUUCUUUUGAUAUGUAAUUGUGUCUUUAAUUGAAGAUGUAAGAGAUCUCUCUCAAACCGCACAAUGAAGAUUAGACAAAUGUUGAUGUUUUUGUCAAUAACAAUAGCAAUACUUGCAACUUCAAGUGCUGCUGUGGAUCAACAAAGUUACAUAAUUCAUAUGGACACCUCAAAGAUGGCCACCGCCAACAACCCUGAACAAUGGUACACAGUCAUGAUCGAUUCAGUCAAUGAACUCGCAUCUCUCGACAACGACAACAACGAAGAAGAAGCAUCAACCGCUGCCGAGAUUCUCUACGUUUACAAAACUGCCAUUUCAGGUUUUGCUGCAAAGCUCUCCACAAAACACCUUCAUUCUUUAAGCAAAAUUCCAGGCUUUCUAGCAGCCACUCCAAAUAAACUACUUCAGCUUCACACUACUCACUCCCCUCAGUUUCUCGGCCUAAAAAGAGGCCGUGGUCUUUGGAAUUCUUCAAACUUAGCUUCUGAUAUAAUUAUUGGUUUGCUUGACACUGGCAUUUGGCCUGAGCAUAUAAGUUUUCAAGACAAGGGUCUGUCCCCUGUGCCCACAAAAUGGAAAGGAAUUUGCCAAGCAGGCCCAAAGUUCUCACCUUCAAAUUGUAACAAAAAGCUCAUUGGAGCAAGAGCCUUCAUUCAAGGUUACGAGGCCGUUGUCGGUAGAUUGAACGAAACAGGGACGUUUCGAUCGCCCCGAGACUCAGAUGGGCAUGGGACGCAUACGGCUUCAACUGCUGCUGGAAAUUUUGUAAACAGAGCAAGCUUUUAUAACCAAGCCUUGGGAGCAGCCACUGGAAUGAGGUUCACUUCAAGGAUUGCAGCAUACAAGGUAUGCUGGCCUGAAGGGUGUGCCAGUGCCGAUAUUUUGGCAGCCAUGGAUCACGCCAUUGCCGAUGGUGUUGAUGUUCUAUCGAUCUCCUUGGGUGGCGGUUCUGGUAUUUUUUACAGCGAUGAAAUCGCCAUAGCUGCAUUUGGUGCUAUUCAACAAGGAGUUUUUGUUUCAUGUUCAGCUGGUAAUUCUGGCCCAUAUAUCUCAACUGUUGGUAAUGUAGCACCAUGGAUCAUGACAGUUGCUGCUAGUUACACUGAUAGAACCUUCCCAACCACUGUAAAGCUUGGAAAUGGAAAAGUUUUUGAAGGCUCUUCUUUGUAUUUUGGCAAGAAUAUAAAUGAAAUCCCACUUGUUUAUAACAAUACUGCUGGUGAUGGUGAAGAAUCAAAUGUUUGUACUGCUGGUUCACUUGUCCCAUCAAUGGUGAAGGGAAAAAUUGUUGUAUGUGAAAGAGGAACAAACUCAAGAACUGCAAAAGGAGAGCAAGUGAAAUUAGCUGGAGGAGCUGGGAUGAUUCUAAUCAACACACAACUUGAAGGUGAAGAGCUUAUAGCUGAUUCACAUGUUUUGCCUGCCACUGCUGUUGGAGCUUCAGCUAGCAAAGCUAUCAUAGAUUAUAUAGCUUCCUCGAAACAUCAAGCGAAAGCUUCAAUAACGUUCAAAGGGACUAAAUAUGGAAGCCAAGCGCCUAGAGUGGCCGCAUUUUCAUCUCGAGGCCCAAGCUUUUUUAAACCAUACGUGAUAAAGCCAGACAUAACCGCGCCUGGCGUUAAUAUAUUGGCCGCUUGGCCGCCCAUUGUGAGCCCCAGUGAGCUCGAGUCUGAUAAAAGAAGAGUAUUGUUCAAUAUCAUUUCAGGGACUUCUAUGUCGUGCCCUCAUGUUAGCGGUUUAGCUGCAUUGCUUAAAUCAGCUCACAAGGAUUGGUCACCUGCCGCGAUUAAAUCAGCCCUUAUGACGACAGCUUACGUUACUGAUAACAAAAACCAUCUCAUUUCCGAUGUCAGCCGUGCUAGUGGUGGUCCUGCGGACCCUUAUGCGUUUGGUUCUGGCCAUGUCGAUCCCGAGAAAGCUUCCAAUCCCGGGCUUGUCUACGAUAUUGCGCCCCAAGACUACAUAAACUACCUGUGUAGCUUGAAGUAUAACUCAGCACAAAUUGCUUUAGUUUCAAGAGGGAAAUUCACAUGUUCAUCAAAAAGAAAAUUUCUUCAGCCAGGAGACUUGAACUAUCCUUCUUUCUCUCUGUUCAUGAAGAAGAAAGCAAAAAAUGUUACCAUUACAUUUAAGAGAACAGUGACAAAUGUUGGUAUCCCAAGGAGUGAUUACACUGCUAAAAUCAACAACCCAGAAGGCAUAAGAGUUAUUGUGAAGCCUGAGAAGUUGAGUUUUGUGAGAUUGGGAGGGAAGUUGAGUUACAAAGUGAGUUUUGUUGCAUUAGGAAAAAGAGAAACUUUGGAUGAUUUUUCCUUUGGAUCUCUUGUUUGGCAAUCAGGAAAAUAUGCUGUUAGAAGUCCAAUAGCAGUAACUUGGCAGUAGAGAGGAGAUGUGAACUGGUUGCACUUUGGAGCAUUUCAUUUCAGCUUAUAUAUUUUGGGAUUACCAAAGUUUCAGCUAAUUUAUAUAACCAAAUUUUAAUAUCAUCCUGAAUUUCUAUGGCGUGAUAAUGUAAUGUUUGAACACAAAACUAGGGACAAUACUUCCAUUAUAAGUGUUAGAUUUCUGCUAUUGGCUAUAUAUUUCUUUAGGAAUUCUGAUUAUUCUUCUUGGACUGUUUUUAGUGUUGUAUCAGAAUAUGUCUUAGCGGAAAGUUAUCUCAGAAGCUGUUUCACAGGA